UGCUCGGGAGGGGGAGGAAAGGGGGAGGGAGGAGGACGGAGGGAGGGGCGGCGUGACUCAUGGAUUCCGCGUGGGGCCGGCCCCUCCCCUCAACCCCCUCCGCGUGGGGCUGAGGAGGAGGAGGAGGAGGAGCUCCCCGCCUCCCUCCCUCUCUCCCUCCUGCCCCGCCUCGCCUUGGCGGGCGCACCUGAAUCGGAGCAGCAUCGCGGACGAGGCAGCCGCAGCCGGAGCAGCCCCGGCGUCCGCCUAUGGGGCAUGGAGGCGGCGGCGGAGGAGGCGGCGGAGAGCAGCAGCAGCCACAGCAGCCCACACGCGUCCCCGGCUAUCCUGCGGGUCAGCCUCGCCGUGGAGGAGAGCAACGUCCUGCCGGGGGCUCUGCAGCUGAUCCGAAAGCUGAGACCGCAAUGGGAGAGCCAGCGGGUCAGAACCAAGGUCUUCACUGAAGGCAUCACCAACAAGCUCAUGGCUUGCUUCAUGGAUGAGAACAUGAAAGACGCAGUCUUGGUACGAGUGUACGGCAGGAAGACAGAGCUGAUUGUGGACCGAGCAACUGAGCUGCGGAAUUUCCAAGUGCUUCAAGACCAUGGCUGUGCCCCUAAUCUCUACUGCACCUUUGAGAAUGGCUACUGCUAUGAGUUUGUGCCAGGAAAGGCCCUGGGGCCAGAACAUAUCCGACAGCCAAAUAUGUUCAGGCUAAUAGCCCAGGAAAUGGCUAAAAUGCACCGGAUCCAUAACAAUGGGAGCCUCCCCAAGCCCUGCCUGUGGCACAGACUGUAUAAGUACUUUAACCUCGUGAAAACUGAAUUUACCAGAAAGACAUCAAAUCCCAGCCUCCAUCAGGAAAUGCACAUUCCCAGUCUAGAGGUGUUAGAAGAAGAAAUUCGCUGGAUGAAAGAGCAUCUCUCUCAGCUUCGAUCUCCAGUAGUCUUUUGCCACAAUGAUCUUUUGAGCAAGAACAUCAUCUACAACAAAGAAGAAGGUCAUGUCCGGUUCAUAGAUUAUGAAUACACUGGCUACAACUAUCAAGCAUAUGACAUUGGGAAUCAUUUCAAUGAAUUUGCUGGGUUGAAUGAGGUAGAUUACAGCCUGUAUCCAAGCAAGGAGGUUCAGAUCCAAUGGCUGAGAUACUACUUGCAGGCCUACAAGAGACUAGGUCAAGAGGACCAAGAAGAAGGAAGCAAAAACAGAGGAGGGAGUGGAACUGUUCAUGAAGAAGAACUGGAGAGCCUCUAUGUGCAAGUGAACCAGUUUGCUUUAGCCUCCCAUUUCCUGUGGGCUUGCUGGGGAUUGAUUCAAGCCCGAUUCUCUACCAUAGACUUUAAUUUUGCCAGGUAUGCGGACAUAAGAUUUAAACAGUACUUUAAAACAAAGCCUGCGGUGGCAUCCCUAAGAAUGUGAAAAGUGAAGUUAAAGUCUAAAAUAUCUUCUGGUACUCAAGAUUCCAAUCCUAUUUUCUCUGGUGUAGAGCACCGGCCACUCUGUCCUCCUGAAGUUGUUUCAAUGCUAAGUGGUCAGACAUCAUGAAACAGGGAUGGAAAAGGAAAGCACACCUUCUAUGAAGCCAAAAAAAAAAUUAAAACAAGCCUCCUCGAAUAUGGCUGUGCCAUCCAUGGAUUUGCUGCCACAUGUUUUUAGAAAGUGAUGUUAUGACAUGGCUGCUGAAGGGAGAUUUCAUUUACAGCCCCUGGGGUAUUAAGAACUUAUUCAAGUGCAUCUUGGCUUAAAGAGUGGGUGACAGAGAUGGCAAGUAGCUUGUUUAGAGAUUUAUGUAGGUCAAAAUCAGAUGAAAUAUCUUCUAUUCCUUGAUCGGGAAAAUCCAUUGGGUUGUACUCUUUUGACCUUAAGUUGAAAUGUUGAAUGUUUGCAUCUCUUUCCCAUCGUGAGUUCCCUGACUACGUAGAGAGACAAAAUCACAGCUCCACCCUCAGUUUCUUUGGAGUUUACUCAAAGAACCGGCAACACAUUCUUUGCUUGCCCAAAAAUUAUUUUUCAAAGCUAUAAAGGCAGCAGGAAAGCCCCAAACAUGAAAGAAAUGUGUGUCAUUUGGUCAAGGUAUUAGCUGAUGGAGGAGCACUCUUGGCCAUUAACUGGAAAAGAUGUAGUCUACACUGCAAGUGUUACAGUCACAUUUUUUGGCAUGUACAUGUAAAUGGUAAAUGUCUGCGAAUCAGUGGAAGCUCUAGGCACCUUUGGUUCAAGCUUGAGUACUUUGAAGGGAGCAACGUGUAACAACUAAAACUCUACUAGAUGGGAAAAGACACACACACACACAGCUGUAAUUUUAGGGGAGAAAAGAGGCGGCUAUAUCAAGUUUCCUCCAUAUUCAAUUAUCACAGUAGAUGUGUGGAAUAUAUUCACAGGUCUCCCCAAUUUUGGUUCACUGCCAUUUUAAUGUGGCACAACAGUGGUUGCAUUACUGCAAAACAAUUUAUCUCAUUGUCCAGAUCUCCCCCAUGGGUUUGAGCCAUUCAGUAUUUUGAGCAUGUGACAUGAGUUAUUUCCCCUUGAGAGUGGAGCAGCUUUUUAAAAAAUGAUAAUUUGUAAGAAUGGCCAUGCAGUUAGUGGAAAAUACCAAGCCAAGGGAAGUCUCACAGCAGGGUUCUUGACCCAGGUUGGCUACUUGUUGGAUGAAUGUUUCACUGAAAAUUUAGCAUCACACUGAAGAAGUAAAUGGUUUCAUUUAAAAUGUCAGUCCUGUGGCAAACUAGUGUAGAGAAGCCCAGAGAGGAAAGCCUGAAUUUCCCUCAGCACCUCGCCUUACUUAGUUUGUAAAUAGACGUUAUAGUCCUUAUUAUUGCUAGAUUGUUCAAAACAAAACUGGAACCAACUUGAAACAUUCCAUAUGAACUGUUAACAUCUCACAUGGUGCUUUGCCUCACAAGAAGGCCAUUUGGGUUCUUUCGACAAGAGGCCCAAACCUAGGCCUGCCUUGUACAAGUUCUCCAGUCAGUAUGUGGAGAAUGUGGCUUCUUGCACACCCUGGGCAUCUUUCACUUCUACUUUCUCCCAGUAUGGAGGAAAAAAGGAUAGGGGAGGCACUGUGAGAAUGGAGAGUGCAGUGUUCCACUUUUCAGUCUAGCUAUGAUUUGAGUCAAUGUAGUGCAAAGGUACUAAAUAAUAUUUUACUACCUAUGUAUAUUUUCCGUCAUGAGCUUUUAUUAUGUUUAGUCAAGAACCUACAAUCUUUCACUUCUUGGUGAUGUUUCUGUUGUUUACUGGGGUCUUAACUAUUGUCAGUGAUCAUAUUUCAAUGAAUAUAUGCUCUGAAACAAAGAUAGAAACAAUCUCCUGCAGUCUUUUAAUUAGAUGUGCUAUUAUAAUUAACUUCCUAACCAACAGCUCUCCAAUGAUCUUAUUUCCUGUGGUUUGUCUGCACUGGAUGUACCUGGUGUCAUUAAGCAUCACCUUGAAAUUGCCUCUACCAAGAUGGAGACUUGUUUUCCCAUUAGUUAGAAAAGCCAAAAAAUGCAAAGUUGAGGAAAUGGUACAUGUCCAAGCAUUGAAUAAACAGCCUCAACCAUUUCCAUCAUUGGCUAGCUUGCCAAGGGAUGGUGGGAGUUAUGGACAAAAGCAUUUCAAAGGCCAAAAGCUUCCCACCCCGGUACAGAGGCCAGAUUUGGGAUUAUGUAAAAAUAUAUUGCAUGGCUUUUUAAAAAAGAAAUCUUCUUUGCCAUCCUGAAAUAUUUAAAUGUUUAACAUGUCUUUUUUUUUAAUGUACUGCAUUUGGUCCAUUUGGCCAUAGUGUGCAAAGAUGGCAAAAGUGAUGUCACAGCAGUUUAAAAGUCUGUCUAGACUAUAUAAAAACAAGGCCUCUUGGCUAUUGAGUGUGUACUUCCCACACAGUUCUAACAUAAACUGCCAGGUCUUGAGGAUCAGUCAAAACGAAACAUUAGUCAAGAAGACACAGUACAGAAAACUGUUUGGUUAGGUAUGUAGAAUAUCAUUUAGGUACAUUCUCCCCAAAACAGUUUUCAGCUUAAAGCAAACACCCAGGUGGUUGCAAAUUGUAUCACUCGUUUUAAAAGAUCCAAGCAUUAAAAUAUCUCAGGAUACCGGGACAUACUUGCUAUGAACAGUGAAGGCAACAGGACACUUAAGUUUACUCCACAGCAUUAUUUUUAAAGCACAUACACUAUGCUUAUUUAUGUUUUUAUGUGUAUAUGAGCCAGAGUGUGUAGAAAUUACUUUUUUUAGACUUACAUCUCCCAGCCAGCAUGGUGGGAGAAUUAAGAAAAAUGUGGUCUAAAAGUAACUUCCAAGCUUCCAUCUCACAUGCUCAGAAGCAGGUUUUACUUGAAGAAGGAACUGGGUAGCAUCUCACCAUUGUCAUUAUUAUUAUUUGCCCUACAGGAUAGCUAUAAACAAACAUACAAAAAUGUGACGUUGGCAUCUGAACACAAAAGAAAUGAAGACUUGUAUGUCUGUGCCCAUAUUUAAUAUUGUACUGUCGAUACACAAAUACUAUCUUUACUGUGUAGUUUGGUAACGUGAUUUGGUAAUGAAAUAUGACUUAUUUUCAA